AUCUUCCCCCCACCUCGGUCUGCAGAUGGACACGGAGCCUGGCUUUACAAUCGAACCUCCCGUCCAGACAGCCAGUGAAGCCCCAGCUGUCCCUAAUGGCUCAUCAGUGGCCCAAGUGAAAAGUGAGGUGCGCAGCAGCAGAGCGCUCACGUCUGAGCAGCUGGAGGCCAUAGAGGAUGAGGAGCUCCUGGACAGAAUGCUCGAUGAUUCCAAAGAUUUUGAAGAGCGGAAAAUGAUCAGGGCUGCUAUGAGAGAACUCCGAAAGAAAAAGAGAGACCAAAGAGAGAAGGAGCGUGAGGUGCGUCUGCUAGAGCUGAGGCAGCAGAGAGAGGAGAGGAGCCAGAAGGCUCGAGGAGGUCCGGGAGCUGGGGAGGUAGUGAUGAAGAAGAUUGAGAAGUCUGCAGAUGGCUCCACCAUCAGUGAAAUCACAAAAACCAACCGUUUCGCCCAGUCAGAUGAUGGCAGCAGGGUGUCCCGUAGCACGAUCAUGGAAAGCACCUACACACAGAAGUCUGACAGAGGGACCAUGCAAACUAAAUCUUAUAGCUACUCCUCUUCUUCCUCCAGUUCCUCCAAGAAGGUUGGAAGCGUGUUUGAUCGCGAGGACGACACCUCGCGCAGUGGAGGCACCAUGGCUGCGCUGGAGCGCAGGCAGGCUGAGCGCAAGAAGGAGCUCAUGAGGGCUCAAACGCUUCCCAAGACCUCAACCUCUCAGGCCAGAAAAGCCAUGAUUGAAAAGCUGGAGAAGGACGGUGGAAGUUCGCCAGCUGUCCAGAUAAACAAGGUCCAGCGCUCCACUAGCUUUGGUGUACCCAAUGCUAACUCCAUCAAACAGAUGCUGUUAGAUUGGUGCCGAGCGAAGACUCGUGACUAUGAGGUAAAGAAGUCAACAAGCAUAACACUAGUGUCUCUAAUGCAAAUAACUCUCUGCACUUGUGAUUCCAUGAAAAAGCAAAGCUGA